GAAUAAUAAAGGUCAAAUAAACACAUUUUUUUUAGUCUUAAUCAAUACCUACGUUUUCCUUACGUAUCAUGUUGACAAAAAUUUAAAAUUUUAUGGUUUAAAACACAUAACUUAUGCCAAUAUAUCCCAGUAAUGUGUGUAAAUAAAAGCAAUCUGGUUCACCUAAUUAAGCAUCGUAGCCUGUUCCGAAGAUGCUUCGUAGUGCGCGCGCUGCUGAUAACGAAGAUUACCGAAAGUCUGCAGGCAUGGAAUCCGAUGCACAAAAUACUUCUGAAGAGGAACAUAUAAGUGAUGAGAAUGUAGAUAGAGUGGUACGAGGAAGAGGAGGGCACAGUCAGAGAAGAGUAAGGAGAGCUGGGCGCACGAUCAGAAGUAGAGUUAGAGGGCUGACCCGUGGACGUCGAGGCCGGGGUGGUCGAGUUCAGACCCCUAACAGAGCUGACAUAGCAGCAACUGCCAGAGUAGAAAGAACCACAGAACUGAAGGAGCGCAUUAGUAAUCUCCCUGAAGAGAAUGUGCGGGAGCUGCUUUUUGAUAUAUCGCAAAAGAACCCAGCUUUUGUUUUUGACAUCCUUGAGGCAGGAAGCAGGACUAGAGUGCAGCAAGGAUAUCACCCAUCACCAGACCAGGGAAGUCCAGACUGGUGUUCCUGCAGGAACUGCCGAGAGAUGCCAACUGAAGCAGAACGGCUAUGUUGUGGACAGCUGCCAGAAAACUGCUUUUCUAGGAUCAGAGAUUUUGAUCUUGUGGUGUUAGACGAGUUAAUCCUCCACGUUGCCAGGACUUAUAGGCAAGAUGUCCUUGCAGUUCCAAAUGACAAUGACUGGAACAGAGGAAACCGUCAUACUGCCUACAGGCAAUACAUCCUCUGGCAGUAUGGUCGGCUUGGUGCUGGGAAUCGGCGAGUGAUUCCAAGCUGUUGUGUGUGGAGGAUCAGGGAUACUUUUCCUGAUCCUUUUGGACAAUAUACAGGGUUUGUGCAUGGCAGACUUGCAUAACAGUCCCUUCCAU